AUGCCGAGCACGCUGGACACUCCCGCAGACUCUCUUCCAACCCCCAACUCGCCCUCGCAGAAGACCGUCUCGUUCGACGAGUCCCCCUCCUCGUCCUCAUCAGCCCUGCCAUCCGAGACGAACGCACCCCGGCCAACCGCGAAACGAAGACGCUCGUCGCUCAAGCAAGGCUCUGCCAUGCCGUACCGUCCACCAAAGGAGACGUACUCCCACCCCGACCCGCUCAUCCGGCGACUCAGGCUGCGAGACGGCUACGGUAACGAGGUCGACCUCGUGAAAGAGUUCCGCGAGGCCAAGGUCGUUCUCUUCUUCUUCGGCGCGACAUGGCCGGGUUCUGUUCGAGAACCGUUCGACCUCGUAUCGACAUUCGCACGGCGGCAUCCGCACCAGUGCAAGGUUGUCUACGUAUCCGUCGACUCGGGCGAAGCGUCGUACGACGCGAAUACGCGGCAGCAGCCGUGGUUGGCGAUGGAAUGGAAUGACGGCUCCAACAUGUCCACACCCCUUCCCACACCCGACACGCCCGCCGAGCCACAAACGCCUUUCGAGCCCUUCCUCCUCGCCGGCGACCCCGACCUCGAAGACGAAGUCCACCACUCCGAUCCUAAAGGCGAGCUCUACCUCCGCCCCUACUCGCGCGUUUACCUCGCAGACACGUGGAACGUCCUCGGCGUGCCGAAUCUGCUGGUGUACCACCUCCCGUCGGCCAAGAUUCUGAAUCACCAUGCGAGGUUCGAGUUCUUGAAGGAGGGAAAGGCGGAGCAGGCUUGGGAGAAGUGGUCAAAGGGGGAGAAGGUCGAGUACGGUGUCGCGGAUUUCAUCUACGCCCUGCGGUGGACUCUCGGCUUCGCAGUCGUCGCCAUCGCCUACAUGGUCGGCGUGCGACAAGGCGUCGUCCCGGACGUCGUCAGCGACGUGAGCGAGUCGCUGACGAGGAACUAUCUCUUCAAGCCGCAAUAG